AUCAGCCAUAAAGCGCCGGACAGUACUUAGUGGUGUUACAGGCGGAGGGACGGGUUUGAGCGCUUUCUGUGUGUUAAGAUCUGUCCGCGGAUCAGAUUACCGUACACUGACAGAUCAUAAACCUGCUACUGCUGCUGCAGGUGGAUAUAGAGGCUGUGAGGUUUGUGAGAAAUUGUGAGAUAUAGCUGUAUAUAAGUGGGGCAGGAUUACUCCAGCGGAGCUGCUGUUAUGAUGUAACGUUAGUUUAUAAAAUAUAAACAGAAGCUUUUCCGGGCUGAUCUCUGAACUGCUGCAUUUACCGGAAACGAGGCUUCGCUUCUGCAACAAAUUUCACAUCUAUCUAAGAAGAUGAGCCCGGAUAAUGCUGAAGAUCUCUUCUGCUUGUGGUGAGGAGAGAUGGAGGUGAUCGAGCAUCCUGUGGAGAAACUGCGCUCGGCUCUCCGCUCCACCCGUAAUGACCUGAUCCAAACCUAUGGGCAGUACAGCCGAGAGGAGCGGAGAUUACUGGAGGAGGGUCUUCUUCCCGGCAGCCCACUGUUCAGUCCCAUUACAGUUCACUCUGAUUCAGACUGGAUUCCUUCACACCCUGAAUCACCUCAGGACUUUCAGAGCUUCUACAGCAACCCGUACCGCAGCACGCCAAACAACGGCCAUAAGACCAUUUACAUACUGACAAUAGGCUCUUUUGGAGAUGGAGCUGGGAUCUCUGAGCAGUAUGUGGAGUGGCUGAGGGCCUAUUGCCAGGCGUUCUACUAUGGCCUGAAGGUUAAGCUCCUUCCGCCGGUGACAGUGGCUUCUACAGGCUGUUCCUUCCGUGUCAACAACAAUACACACAACCUUCAGCUUCACGCCGGAGAACUGCUUUCAUUUCUGAAAAAGAAGAAGCCCAGAGAUGCAUUUUGCAUUGUGGGAAUCACAAUGAUUGAUCUGUACCCAAAAGACUCUUGGAAUUUUGUUUUUGGACAAGCUUCCCUCACUGAAGGAAUGGGUGUUUUCAGCUUUGCCCGAUAUGAUGAUGACUUCUACAAAAGGAGUUAUGCAGGACGGCUGAAGAAAGCAAUAAAGCUGAAGCCUGGAGACUACAGUGUAUUUCAAGGCUACUACACUCCUCCAAUCACCAGCACUUUGCUCUUCCGCUCAUGUAAGACACUGACUCAUGAGAUUGGACACAUAUUUGGUGUCAAGCACUGCCUGUGGCUCCAGUGUGUUAUGCAGGGCUCCAACCAUUUAGAGGAAUCGGACCGCCGGCCACCAGACGUCUGUCCCAUCUGCCUGAGAAAGCUACAGUCCGCCAUUGGCUUUAAGAUAGCCGACAGGUACAAGGCUUUACUACUCUGGAUCGAGGAAGCACCAAGCAGUUCUGCACAGCAUUUGAGUAAACCCACUGAAGCUUUCCAAGACUUCAGGCACUGGUUAAGUAAGUGUCUGAGUAUACUGGAAGAUGAAAUAUUUUAAUUCUGCCACAUUUUAACAAAGAUGAUAAUUGGAAGGUAAUUAUUUGAUAUCCAGAGGAUCUGCUUUGUUUGCCUUUCUUUUUUGCACCUUGAAUGUACAAACUAUUUAUGCUAUGGCUUUAAAACAAAAUACAUUGUUGUAAAAAUGAACAAAAAACAUUGUACUGAAAAUGACUUAAGUUAUUUUAUUUUAGAUAAAAAUGAUUGUGUGUGUAAAAAAAAGUGAUUGCUCUUACAGACAAAAUCACAAAAAAGUUUGUUUCUAUACAUACAAAAUUCAAGUCAAAUAAUAAUGCCCAGAAUAAUAUGAGAAUUAUAAAAAUGAGAAUUAACCUGCUGAAAAUGUUGACCUUCACUUCACAGUUAUUGUAAAUGCUUUAACUUAGACUGACCAUCUCAUUCUUUUGAUUACAUUCUGGUAAGUUUUUCAUUCACAUUCUGACACUUAAUAUGUAAAGAAAUAUUCACAGUAUAUUGACAUUUUCACAGUAUGUUCCACUGAUUUGUCAUACAGUAUAUUCUGCAUAAUUUAAUACUUAAUAUGCAAAUUCACUCACUGACACUCGUGAUUUUCUGUACAGUAAUAGGAACACAUGAUCCUUAAGGUAAAAUGCCUUCUUAAAGCUUCUCCACUUUCCUAAAGUUUCCUAAAGCCUGAGACAUUAUUUUAUGAUAACGUUUGUCUAAAGCACAUUCUUAAAAUCUCUUUACACUAAAACAUUAUAUAAUUUUAAUAUCAUAUCAUAUAAUGCCUUACAUUGAGAAUUUCUCAACAUGAAAGCACUUUCAUGUGUUUACCAAUAUGAUGAUUUAAAGAUUUACAAGCAGUAAAUAAAUAGUCAGUGUCUUGAAAACAAUAAAAUUAAAAUAAUUGGUCCAAAAUGUUUACAUAAAAUGAAUGCUGCAUUGUAUAUCAAGCUGGUUUUCAUUGUUAAAUUUUCUUAGCAGUAAAUUAAUCACUAAACCGUUUACGAAACAUUCUUUAUGUACAUUUAUCUGAAGUAUAAAAUAAAAAUCCAGUGAUUUAAAA